AUAAUGUUUUGUAAUUUUAAAAAAUGAUGGGGUAAUGUAAGCUCUACCACAACAGUUGACAGCGUGCAUUGUUCACAACUUCUCCCCAAAGACAGCUGGACGAAACGGUGCCGUUGAAAUCGUUUAGACUCCCCCAGUCUCCAUUCUCCUGAAACCACCGCCGUCUACAGCAGCGAAGCUCUCAACAAUGGCUGCUCCGAGAGUCUCGAUCGUCUUCGCAGCCCUAAUCCUCUCGUUGCUGAUGUAUUUGGCCGAGUCGAGAAGCGACUCGAACCCGGUGUACAUGCCGUGCGCGGACACCACGAUCCAGAAGUCCGACGGGUUCAGCUUCGGGAUCGCGUUCUCGGCUAGGGGUAACUUCUUCGUCAACACAUCGGUCCAGCUCUCCCCCUGCGACAAGAGGCUUUCUCUCUCUCAAGGCGCUCAACUCGCUCUCUUUCGCCCUAAGGUCGACGAGAUCUCUCUCCUCACCAUCAACACCACCACCUUCUCUCCGGAUUCUACUGGUGGGUAUAUGGUUGCAUUUGCUGGUCGAAAAUAUGCUGCAAGAUCUUCCCCUGCUUUCGUUGCAAAUAGUACAUACUAUGUUACCAGCUUUACUCUUGUUCUUGAAUUCAACAAGGGUAGGCUGGUAAACUUGUAUUGGAAGAGAGAUGGCUGUGCCACAUGCUCAGGCAACUCUAACUUUGUGUGCCUCAAUAAUCAGGACUGUGCAAUCAAAACAAGCAGCUGUAAGAGCCAUGGCGGUUCUGUAGAUUGUAGCCUCGGGAUACAACUGGCAUUCUCUGGCACUGAUAAGCACGAGUCAGUUUUCAACUCUUGGUAUGAGGUGAAGAACCUUCGCCAGUACUCCCUCUACGGCCUUUAUUCGAAUCUCAAGAAUUCCCUUACUAAUCAGUAUAACAGCUUCUUCUGAUUGAGUUUCAAGUGGUUUGUAGAUUUCACUGUGAAGUCUGUUGUGUUGUGUUUUGUUGUUUUUCUUUUUACUUUGUGUAUUUUUUUCCCUUGUUAGUAUUUGAAGUUCAAAUCGGUCCCUCUUUCUCCAAAGAAAUUUUCCAUCCUCUCCUUCCGGACUCAAUCAAACUUCUGUAAAUCUUCACACUACUGGACUAUUUGUGAUAAUUAAGAGAAUAUUGAAUGCCAAUUUUCUUAUUAUGACU